AUGUUACAUGCAAAACCAAAGGCUUAAACACAAUAAGUGCUUUUCCAGGAUUUGAAGAGCAAGAAAUCUUCAACUUCAUUCAAUCCCAUUAACACACUUUUUGGAAAUCAAUAAACUGUUCAUCUCCCAAACAAUCUAUGUAUCCAUUCAUAAAUACACUUAGCAAUUCCAUUGUACAGAGGACAUUUCGUCAAUUUUCAUCAUGAAGCAAUAGCAAUUAAUGAUAAUUAUUCAUUGAGUGGCAUUUAGGAUGGCUUUCUUUACUUUGUGGUCAAUUAAAAAAAAAUGCAAUUCUAUUUCUAUUCCCCAUUACAAGAUGACCUAAAUUACUAUUACAAUACUGUAAACAUUUCCAAUUUAUUGUAGGAUAAUCAGAAGUACAAAUUUCCAUUCAGAUUUAAAGAACAAGAGAUUGGACACCUAGACUACAUUACAGCCGUUGGAUUUUAAUAGGUAGAUGAUGUAUGGACAAUGGCAAUCGCCUCUGAAUUCUACAUAUUUUUGUAUACAUUUACAGCUGAUCUGGACAAUUUUUAAUUGCUAAAAUAAGUGUUCAAUGUCAAUGGAGAAAUUAUUAACUAAAUCCUUUUUUUUUAAGACAAUUUGAUCUAUGGUGGCAGUUCAGGCACUCUCACUUGUAAAUCUAUUGAUACUGCUCAAAAUUAUACUGUUUAAUUGAAAGAAAAAAUAAAAAGAUAAUUCAACCGGAUUUUUAAAGACCUGACUCCGUGGUCAUCCCAACAAGGCUUAAUCUAAUUGGAAUUGCAAGAAGAAUUCAAUAUAUGUUAUGGCUUAUUUGAGAAACUCGACAAAAAUGAGAAUGUUGAAGAUACAUUCAUAACCAUCUAUGACAUUGGACUUCAAGGAGAACUCUUUUAAGAAAUCAUCACAAUAAAAUAAUCCCAUCUAUAUAAUUCUAAUAUGGAAUUCAAAGCUGUAUUUGAUUAUCACAAUCUCCAAUUCUAUCAUGCUUUUUUCGAAAGACAAUACCAAACCAACAAGAUAGUCCUGAUUAUCACAACCAAGGAUUAAUUACAACUUCAUCUGUUGUUUGAAUUAUAAAAUAGAACUAUCAAUGAAAUUAAUUAAUUUAAAUAAAGGAGUUCAAAUUCAAAUGUUACCUAAUAACAGUAUAUUAAAUUGAAACCAGAAUUCUAGAUCAUUUAAAUCAAAAAUCCUUAUAUGAAAAUUGAUACAACGAUUCCAUAUGGAGUCUGUUUGGAUGAGAGCAGAAUUCAAUACAAAUAGAAGGAGAUGCUGACCAUUCAACAAAGUCAAAUUCUGAAGUCAGUCUACAAAGAGGAAUAGUUGUCCCUGUUUCAUUUAGAUAAUUAUAUCAUUGCAUAAUUCCUGGAUAUGGCUCACAUUCAAUAUUUAAGAAAUCUAGAACAACAAAUCACUAAAUACAAUUCAUAUAAUUAGAUACAGUACUCCAUAUAUAGAGAUACAUCAAAAGAAGCAAUAGAGAAAAUUGAACUAAAUUGUAAAAAUAGUAAGGAUAUUAUCAACUAUGAAAAUGGUAAUGACAUGUUGAAGAAUAAAAAUGGCAAUGACAUCCCCAAGAAUAUUUACAAUAUUGGUAAGAUGACUGUCAAUCGAGUAUUCAAUCAUUUCGACAUUAAUGAAUCUCAACUCUAUAAUCUGCCUGAACAUUACAUCUGCAUUGCUGAUAAUACAGUGGAGUUCAUAGUGAGAAAGAGACCCAUUGAUUGCUUCUUUACAGCCAUCAAAGUAACACAUUAUGAUUUCAUCGAUUAAGUCGAUGCAGAUUUCCCACUUGAGAAAUUGGUCAGGGCCUAUGGAAUCGAGGAAAGUUGUGCUUAAAUCUUGUAAAUCAUAAUCCAAGAAGAACAGAAUUUUUAUAUCAACGUUGAACUUCAACAUCAAUAUCAAUUGGAUUUACAGAAAGCAUAUCAAAGAAUACAUUACUCAGAGAAUAUUCAAAAGUUUUUUGAUGACAAUGAGAAGAUUCCAAAUUGGGUUACGGGACAAGUUUAUGUUCGCAAAGGAGCUAUAAUCAAAGAGAAAGCACUCAAAGCCUACUUUGCCUUGAUUAAGCGUUCAUUAAUUAAUGAGGAUAGAAAUCAAAAAUCAAAAAAAGUAUCAAGCACCACAUCUUUAAUUUGGAAAAUCCUUGCUCCACUCACAACCAAGAAAUUCAUCAAUGAAAAAGUCUAUAACUUAGAAUGCAAUAAACCUAUUGAGAGUUACUCUAUCUAAUAAUUACAAACUGUGUUUAAAUAAAUUGAAAAACUAAUUAAAUUAUUCGAAAAUGAACCUAAUUAUUUCCAGUAACUUAAGAGUUAACGAAAUGAUCUAUAAGUAGAUGAAUAAAAUUAAUUUCAAAAUUACAAGAAUGGAUUCAGUAAAUAUAUUUAUGAAACCUUCGAACAAAGUACUAGAUUGGAUAUUUCAAGAAGUACCAAUUACUCAGAUUAAUCAUUAGCUGUUACUGUGAAUGUUGAUGUUGAAUACAAUUAAAUGAAAGUGCUCUACUCUUUUUGUAAGAAAAUCAAAUAAUUACUAUAAUUUUUGAUUUACUUUUUCGGUGAAUUGCAAGGAAUCAGGAAUAUAAUAAACGGCUAUCAGAAUAAACCUUAAUUAUUUGAGUUAUCAAUAAAAAGUGUCCUUAGUGGUGACAAUGUUGGUAAUUUAACAUUAAAAUAAUUAAUGAUACACAUUAUAAAGAGUGACAAAACAAAGUUUAGAGAAGCAGCUCAAUACAUGAAUCAUCACUUUCCUGAUUUCUUUACUAUUGCAGAUUUCAAAAUUAGUUUAGUCUAAAACCUAUUCGAUGAGAUCUUAACCUUUUCCGCCUAAAAAAAUUUGAUCAAACUUAACCAAAACGAGUAGAUUAAUGAAAAAAUUAAGAGGAUCCUAAAAUUGUCCAAAGCUCCUUAAAUUACUAUUGAUAAAGUGCUUGAUAAGCGAGAGAUCUUUUUGUACUACAAGGAUUUGCAACCAGAAUUACAAGACUAAUUACUAGAGGCUUUGAAAUUGAUUGAAGAAGUCGCCAUCCUAAUUGAGCAUUCUUAUUUGACACAAUGCUUCAAAAAUUACAUGUAUCCUUUUGCUACAUUCAAAUUCUAUAUCUAAUAUCUAGCAUAGAAAUGUUAGUAAUAAGAAAAGGAUUAAUCGAGUGAUGAAUAUUGCAAUUGCAUUAUGGAUUUAAUCGAAUAAUUCAAUAAUCUAAUCAAAUACUAUUUGAACCCUCCAAAAGGCUUAACUAAGGCACAAACAAAGGAGAUCCUCAUCGAAUCACUUCAACUAUUAAAUCAAUUUUAACUAAUCAAGCCAACUGAAGCCAUAGCUAACAACAUUUUAAAGCAUUAGCUAAAGGAAUUCAUUUAAUACAUUGAUUACAAUUAGGAAAUGGACUUACAAUGUAGUAAUGAUCUAGAGAAGUUAUAAAUGUAAAAGAAACAAUUCAUCGCCAAAGCAUCAAAAGGCAAUUCAGAAGUAUAUCCUUAACUGAUACAAAUAUUGCUAAAAUUAGCAUAAUUUUCAUUAACCCAAUGUCCAGAAAUGAAUCUCGAGGACAUUCAAAUUAAAUUGCCCAUCAAAAAGAGACUAAGGUAUGUCAACAAGGCACAAGAGUUUAUCAGAACUUUCCAAAAGAAUGCCUAAGGAAUCGAUAUAAAUGAAGUAGAAAAAUAAGCGUAGAAUCUCAGUAAAUUAUUGUUUUUGUAAGACAUUAUGUACGAUUACAUUGUAACUAAUGAAAAUCAAAGUCAAAUUUAUCAUGCAGAGAAGAGGAGGAUCCUUCUUGAAAUAUGUGAUCCCAAAGUUAUACUGCAAUUCUUCGAGGAUAACAACAUUUACUUUGGCUAAUUACUGUGUUUGGAUUACUUGGAAAAUUUCUUAGGGAAAUCAUUUUGCACCACCAAAGAGAAUAUUGAGUAGCUAUGGAUCAAAUUCAUUUAUAAAGCUUAUGAAGAAUCCAAUGAAUGGCCUACAGAUGUGCUAAAACGAUAAAUGAAAUUGCUUUUUGAGAAUCUAAUCAAUAAUUAAAAGUAUAUCCAAUUGGAAAAAAUGACUGAGACUAUAGAAUUAAUAAAUACUAAGAUAUGUCAGGAUUUAUAAGUGACUCAAUUGACCACUUGGUUGUUCUUUGAAAUUUUGUUGAGUCACGACAUUAAGGAAAUUGAUUUGGUUAGGAUCUAUCUCGCACAUUACAAGGAUCACGUUUAGAUCCUAAAUAAUCCCAUCUAUCAGAGGUUGGAAAUAGAACAAAUUCAUACUUUCAAAUUACAGUUGAUACAAUAGAUUUUGAUUUUAUUGGAGGCACUCAAAAAAUUGAAGUGUGAUUAGGAAUAAACAAGUUCAUUAAUUCGUCAAUUUAGAAAUGCUUUUGAGAACGACUAUAGAAAUCUGAUGGACGAUGAGUUGUACGAUGGAAAAGUUAUAGAACAGAUAAAAAUGAGAGUCGAUUCAUUAUGA